GUUAUAAAAUCUAUAAAAUAUAAUCGGAAAUUAUUAAAUCAAAAUAAAACUAAGUCAUGGCGAAUGCAAUAGAUCCAACAAACCAAGUUGUCAAAUUUAAAGAAGAAAGAUCAGAUCCAGAAAUAGAAAGAAGAAUUCAGUUAUUAACGGCGGCAUCAGCAACAGCAAUAAUUAAAGAAGAGCCUUUAGAUUCCAAUAAUGGAAUAGUAAAAGUUAAUAAUAAUAUUAAUGAUAAUGGCCGCGUUAAUAAUGCUAAUUCUGAUGUGGAUGAAUCCCUCGAUGAUGAUGAUGAUGAUGAUGAUGUUUCGCAAGACACUCAAAGCUCAUCUGAGAAACAUCAGAAUGAAGACGAUGAUAAGAAAAGUGUCGAACCCGUAAAGAGUUCUAAUGAAAUAUUAACUGAACUGUUUAAAGUGUUUAAUGUUGCCCCACCAGAUGAGUUAUUAGAUGAUAAAAAUCUCAUUAAUAAAGUUAAGAAACAUAAAAAAGAUAAAAAGAAAAAACAUAAAAAAAACAAGUCCGCUGACGAACAGUCCGAUUCAGAAUCUGGAAUUUCCAAGGGAAAACGUAAACAUAAGAAAAAAAAGAAGCAUAAACAUAAGCAUAAAGAUGGUGAUAAAGUGAAGGAAAAGGGUAAAGGUAAAGACAAGGAAAAGGGUAAAACUAAAGACGUUCAUAGAGAUAGUAUGGAAAAGAAAAAGAUUCGUGAAGGCGAUAAAAGCAAAGAACAAGAUAGACCUAAGCAUAAAGAGGUUAGUAAACAUUUAUCUUUGAAUAAAAAUAGCAAAGAUUGCAAGACCUCGUCCGAUCAUAAGAGACGUCACGAUAAGUCAGAGAACGAAAAUAAUGCCAAGAAAAGGCGUUCAGAAGUUUUUAACGAUUUUUACAAAGACUUUAGGGAUAAAGAUAGCCAGCGGGGAAAAAAGCACAGUAGUCGUGGACGGGAAUUGAAAAUAAAAAAAGAAAAUUUAGAAAGAGUAACAUCUGAUUCAUCGAAAUCGGAAGGCGAAAUCAGCGACACUACACUUUCUGAUGAAGAGACUUAUCUCAGAGAAAGAGAACCCGUUAGAGAAACUAGUUCACCUCAUCAUAGUAAAAAUCGAUCUCAUAACAGUUUUUACGCUGGCUUAAAGCGUACUCGAAGUAGAGAUCGGGUUGAUGACCGUGAUCGCGAUUGCGCACGCAGUCGCGAUAAAUAUCGUGAUCGUGGACGAGAACGUAGUAAAUAUUCCUCUAAUAGUCGUCGCUAUAGUCGACGCUCACGCUCACGUUCUCGUACACGAUCACGUUCCAGAUACCACGAUUUGGGCAUUGAUAAAAAACGCUUAUUAGAAAUUGCCCGGAAGAAUGCUAUCAGUAUGUUUAAACGCGGCAAUCUGCCCGGUUGCGAUAAUAUGACGCAAGAGGUCAAGGAUAAGGUGCUACUCAAAAUGCGUUAUGGAGGCCGAACUGUAGAAGAUCUUACAGAGUUUUGUAAAAAAAUCUCGAAUGGUGAACAUCUAUCAGAUUUGAGUUCUGAUGAAGAUUCCGAUGUGGAUAAAAGCGGUAACGCGAAAGCUUUUCACCACCCCUUCCAGAUCAAGGAACGGGAACCAAUUGUAAUGCAUAUUCGUAAUUGCAAGCCAAUCGUGCCGGUUGUUGUGAAAACGGACGAUCAAACCAAGGCCAUAACCAUGCAGUUCCCCGUGUCGUCUGGACAACAGCAUCGUUUAACGGAAUCUUGGAUACUUGUGGAGGCCAAAGAUAAGUUAGCGUCAUUGCCGGCAUUGUCAACAUCGAAUCCCGCAGCAAAUGUAUUCAAAAAUACAAUGCCGAAAAAUGUUCUCGGUAAAUCACUUCCUGUCGAGGAAGAACAAGAACCGGCUUUUAAAUCAGUGCCACCUACAGUGGCAACGGCCGCAGAAUCUGUCACAAGUGCAGAUGUAAACGUUGUUAAAACUGAAGAUGUUUUAACGGAGCCAAUUAAUGGCGUUGCAACAGCAUCGGUCGAAACGCCACGCGUUGAUUUUGUACCAGAUGUUCCCAUUCCUUCCAGUACUGAUACCGUAUUCUCUCAAAACGAAGGGCCACCUUUAGAUGUGUCCUCAAUUAUAUCUAAAAGACUUAAUGCUAUGAGAAGAUUACAGGAAAAUCCCAUGGAUUCGGAGGCCUUAAAGAUGAUGUACAGCUCGCAACGUGAAAUGACCAGUUGGGCAUCAUCUAAACAUUUACCUGGCCAGUUUACUGGAAGCACUGGUGCAAACAUACUAAAACCGAGCGAAUUAAAUUCGGGUCCUCAAGUAUGGGCCCGAAGAGAUCAAUUGACCUCAUCCAAACCGGUAACCGGUGGCGUAGGAAUGCAGUUAUUACAGAAAAUGGGCUGGAAACCCGGUGAAGGUUUGGGUAGAGACAAAAAUGGAGCUUUGCAACCUUUGCUGCUUGACGUGAAAUUAGAUAAACGCGGCCUAGUAGCGCAAGAUGAUUGCAAUGGUUUCGCGAGCCGUAAACUGAACCCACCAAAAAAGCGCCCUGUCAGCGGUAAAGCUCAAGCCCAAUUAAAUAUCCAAGAUAGACAUCCGGUAUGUCUACUCAAUGAACUCACAUCGAAACGCAAAUGGACCCCACCCACGUACACAUUGACAAACCAGAAAGGUCCAUCUCAUAGCAGAAUGUUUAUGUUUUCAGUAUCUGUUAAUGGAGAAACGUUUACGCCGGAACGUGCUUGUAAUACAAAAAAGGAAGCUAAACUUUUGGCUGCUAAAUUUUGCCUACAACAAAUAGGCAUAUUGCCUGCCGAUUGAAGGGGAAAGGGGGGAGGCGCUCGAUGAAUUAGUUUUUAAUUGAAUGAAAUUAGUUUUGCUAAACAUGUAAAAAUAUUUAAUUUAAAUGGAUUAACUAAGAGAAAUUGAAGUCUAACUUUAUAAUAAAUGUAAAUAGUAAGUUUUGAGUUAGUAAAAAAACAGAUAAUUUGCGUCCAUAUGUACUGCUCUCGCCAUAGAUUUCCCUAAAUUUACUUUUAUGCUUAUGCACUCUUCUUAGGUAACACGCAAAGCGUGUCUAAAUUGUCAUUCACUUCAAAUGUAUUUCACUUCAACUUUGAAAGUGUU